AGAGAGGGAAGAUCUCUAUCCCUCCCGGCCUUCACAGUUGCUGCACUCCUCACUUCGCAUUUUCCACACUGCUUACUGACUGCCCCACCAAUCAUAACAAUUCCGGUGCCGGAAUCAACCUCAUUUUUAAUCGUCGCCGGAGCGCCGUUUUACUCUCCGACAGUUUGAUUCAACUAAGUUUUCCGAGCUUAAAUCUCUCGCCCAAACCCAUGAACUUAUACCCAAAAAAGAUCCACGAAAUUUCCUCUUGUUUUUCCUAAUUUCAGAAGCCACAAUUUGUAAAUUAGUAGAAAUUAUUGUGAUUUUAAUUAGAAAAGGUGAAAAAGAAGGAAGAUCUCAAUGCAGUGGUACUUCGUAGCUGCUCUUCUCACCGUCCUCACCAGUUCCCAGAAUGGUUUUUGUUACCCUCCCAUAUCAGACUAUAUGCCCUAUUACUAGACUCUGGAGUCUUGAGAAUAAGUGGGAAACUGUAGCAGCACCGUAGCGAUGAUAUUCAAACUGAAGAUGUUACUUCAUUACACUUAUAGGUGAUGGAAUUUUAACUACUUUGUCACAGAGUAAUGGGGGAUACAAGUAUGAUUAUGCAACUGUUCCAUUUCUCGCUGAGGUCUUCAAGUUGGUGGUAUCUAGCAUACUUCUUUGGAGGGAGGUCCAGACUUCACCUUCUGUAAGGAUGACAACUGAUUGGAAAACUGUGCGACUGUUUCCAAUUCCAUCAGUUAUAUAUCUGAUUCACAACAAUGUUCAGUUUGCCACUCUCACUUAUGUGGAUACAUCUACUUACCAGAUCAUGGGCAAUCUCAAGAUUGUUACCACUGGGAUACUGUUCAGGUUAUUUUUAAAGAAAAAGUUGUCAAACUUGCAAUGGUUGGCAAUUAUUCUAUUGGCUGUUGGGACAACCACAAGCCAGGUCAAAGGCUGCGGAGAGUCAUCGUGUGACUCACUUCUCUCAGCGCCGAUCCAGGGAUAUAUGUUUGGGAUCUUGUCGGCUUGCCUAUCAGCAUUAGCUGGUGUCUAUACUGAGUUCCUCAUGAAAAAGAACAAUGACAGCCUGUACUGGCAGAAUGUACAACUUUAUACAUUUGGCACUAUUUUCAACUUGGCACGUCUAGUUUUGGAUGAUUUCACAAGUGGUUUUGAAAAGGGACCAUGGUGGCAACGCCUUUUUGAUGGAUAUAGUAUGGCAACCUGGCUCGUGGUUCUGAAUUUAGGGUCUUCAGGGCUGCUAGUUUCAUGGAUAAUGAAGUAUGCAGAUAACAUUGUGAAGGUUUAUUCCACUUCAAUGGCAAUGCUGCUGACAAUGAUCUUGUCUGUUUACCUGUUUGAUUUCAAGCCAACUUUACAGCUUUUCUUGGGUAUCGUCAUAUGCAUGAUGUCACUACACAUGUAUUUUUCUCCUGCAAAUGCGCUUGUGGAAUCACCUGCAAUGGCAAAACCAGAGCAUGAGAGUCUGAAAGAAGUUGCUAUAGAAAGACUGAACUCGUGACCCCAUUUUGCCGAAAGAGUAUGCUUAUCUGCAUCUGCACUUCAAAUCAUAGUUUGAAGUGGCCUGGUUUCCUGAUUAUUCUGGUUUAUGCUCAACAAGGUGCUGAAUUCUGAUUUUCGGGUCGUUGGUGCUGCUGCCUACGUAAGGGUUCUGCAGGAAAAAGAACUGAUUAAUAUUCCUGACAGGAGAAGUUGGUUAGGUUUUCAUCUUUGGUUGCAAGGCCGAGGAAAUAUACAGUAAGUUGUUAGUCCUACAGGAAACUGAAUAUGCCUUUGAAUUACUUUUUGGAAAGCAUUUAUUCCUUUGCUAAAUUGUAAGUAAAGUUUAGCCAUUAUUUUGUAAUCUUGCUUAGCUGACAUUGAAUAUGGUUAUAAAUUGAUCCCUUUUGAAAGUUUAGAUAUCAGAA